GCAGUUCCAUUUAUCACUGUGGUUUUCCUCAAUUUGAAAAGCUAUGAUACACUUGGUUGUGUUAUAUUCCUGUCUCGGUGUAGUGCUGAUUGGAUUGGUUAUAUCCUGUUUUCUUGUGCUCGUUAGAGUUUUGAGAGUUGUGUAUCCUGAAUUUGGAAGUAAAGUUGACGAAAGUAAUGUGGAUGAAAACUCCCACAGUAUUACAAUCGAAGAACCGAACGCUGAGCAGCCCACGGACGCACCUCAGAGUGGUUCAUCACAAGCACCCACACAUGGUCUUCCAAAGGAUCCCUGGUCUGACAUGAAGGGAUAUCUCUCGGAAUCGAGGGAACCUCUGUCUUACAUUGAGCUCAGCAAGAGGAGAAUAAAGAAAUGAUAUUAAAC